ACUUAUCUCUAAACAUUAUCAGUAACCGCUGAUAAGAAACCACAAACACGGUAAUUCUGCAAAUUCGCAAAUAUUUUAUGUAUAUAAAGACUGUCUAGUGGUAAUACAAACCAGUACAAACCUUCAGAACUUUCAACUCUUUCCUGACCUUCACCGGUAGAUACUGAAUAUUGACCUAUUUCAAAUUUUCUGUUUAUAACUUAACUGUUAUUUACUAAAUAAAAAAAAAUAUGGUGCAGAAAAAAGUCUGGGCAGCGAGCAACGACGGUGCAAUCGAGUACAUUUCGUUGACAUCAGAAUAUCUCGAGGACGCCUUGGAUGUCCUGCGGAAAAGCUUUUAUCGAUAUGAAGCAGGAUGUUUUGCUACAGGUUUGUCGGAAGACCUCGAAGCUAUGGCUGAAAUGGAUAGCUACAUGAUUGAAGUGGCCAAAGGAGGGGUGUCCAUAGUGGCAGUGGAGAAAGCAACUAAUAUUGUUUGUGGCGUUGCUUUCAACAAAAUUCAGUUGGACCACGGACCAAGCGGCAAAAAUUAUUACAAGAACUACUUGAACAUGUUUAAGACACGACCAACCAGAGAAAUAUUCCUAUUCAUGCAAAAAUGUGACGAGCUGAUGGAUGUAUUCACUCCAUUUAAUGUCAGUAGCGUCAUGGAAAUCAUGUUUCUAGCCACCUCACCUGAUUUUACGAAGAGGGGAAUUGCCUUACAACUCUGCGAAGCAUCAACUGAACUUGCAAAAGCACUGAAAAUGAAGCAAAAUGUAAAGCACUCGCUAGAUGGAAGAGUUUUGCCAUUAGAACCAACUCCUCAAGCAGUGUCUGCAAUCUUUACGUCACCGUAUUCGCAAAAGAUUGGAAGGAAGCUGAACUGGACCAUUAUUGAUAAGAUCAGUUUCGACAAGUUCUACACUAGAGGUAAACCAUUUUCCAGCGUUUUGGGAAAUUAUGUCAAGUAUAUUACGGUUGAGUGCAAGAAGAUUUGAAUCAUUCGCAAGAUUGUAGAAUAGAAGAUAUUGAAUCAUUUUUUUCAAAUUGGUAAUGGAAGACCUCUUUUAAGUCGAAAAUAGAAGAGUUCUAUAACAUUACUGAUGAUUUGAUCAAGAUACCAUAAACAAGGAAUGCAACAUGGUCAUCUUUGUUUACUCUAUGUACUGUUAGGAUAAAAAAUGAUACGAUAUGUUAUUAAUCAGAACAAAAAUAAAUGAUUCUACUCUA